UUCUUCGUAAUCAGUUCUAUUAAACGAAAAUCAUGGAGGAUUUAAUUUUCCUGGCCCUUCUCUUUUUUCUGCUGGCUCUCGAUUCAGUUCAAUCCAGUCCUUUUGAACCCCCACUAGUAGGCAGUCGUCAUAGUAAACCUGAAUUACCUGUUGGUCAAAUAGUGAGAGCGCCCAAUAAACAGCUUUAUAUAAUCUCUUCUUCUCCUGGUCAUUUAAGUGAGGGGUUUAAUGUUGAUUUGGAAAACGUACAAUUAGUACUGUUGAAUGCAAAACAGAUGGCGAUUUACGAGAGACUUAAAAGUCGACCCAACACUAUCCCAGAUGAUUAUGUAAUACCGCCAUUCUUCUAUAAGGAAGGGGAUGAACUGCAUCGUAAAGUUGGUGAAGAAUAUCAGAAAGUCGGAGAAGCUCGUGACUGGCAGACGAUGAAUGACAUCAAAACAGUUCAUCAACGUUUUCCAUCCAUAAUCAGACCUCAAGAGGGUGAUAGGUUGGUGAGUUUUGUAACAGUCCGUUGGAAUCAUGUGGGUCCAGUGAAGCUACUUAGGCAUGUUGCAACAUACUUGGAUAGAGAAUGGAUCGCGGUGAAACUGCUGCCUGGUCCUGGAGAAGCCUAAUAAAGACUUUAUAAAGGAUUUGGCUCCUCCUGGCGGUUUUUGCCCCAAAUGGAUUUUCCCGGUCGGGUUGCACUGAAACAGAAUCAUGUGGAAG